AUGGCCGCAGUCCCUCGCUCGGCCUCCUUUGCCUCCCUCAACGCUGCCCCCACAUCGCCCCCCGCCGCUGACGAACCAACCGCUCCCAAGGUCCGCUUCGACCAAGAAUGCGUUCUUAUCCCCGACCCUAGCCCCGUCUCCAGGCUGCCGCGUUUCGUCACCAAGUCCUACAGCCUCCCCUUGUGGAAGCGGAAGCGCGACCCAUCUGUCGACUCAGAAGACGACCUGCCAGAGGACCAUGUAACGUUCAAGGUUUCAGUCCCCAGUAUCACCACCAAAGCUCGCUCUCCGUCUCGUGACUCUCCCCACACGCCUCUCGUGCCCUGCCUCGUCUACCAAGACCCGAUUUCCCCGCUACCCCACACUCCCAGACGCCCGCGGCGCGCCUCCCUCCCGGUCCCGCCCAUCACGACUGAUAUCAUCACCGUUCCGCUGCGCGCUUGCUGCGCUCAAUGCUAUACCUCGAUCGACGAGUGCGUGAAAAAGGGAGAGCACUGGGAGGUCCGCUUCUCUCGUGGCGCGGCCCGCCGCAGGAAGUCCGUCUCGGACGCCUCUACUCCGUCCCGCUCCCGCCGCUGCAUCCGUGACGCGAUGCCCGGCUUCGACGCCGUCGUCGUCGACGAGGUCGACCAGCACCGCCGCCGCUCCAGGGACAUGGACGUCCUUACCGCUUUUACCGUCGAGCUAAGCUCGGCAGACCCAAGCGCCACCUCAAAUCCUGGUGCGGCGCUGGACAUCCCCCUCCGUCGGGUGCUCUCCCUGCCCGACGCGGUACACCCGCGCCUGACCCGAAUGCCUUCGGACGCGCACCCCUGCGCGAUACCAACCACCGCCCCCAUCGAGGAAGAAGACGAGCUCCGGCCGUCACCUCGGCGGACGCCGAUAUCCACCCCGCUCGGUUCGUCGGCGAAUCUCUGGUCCAUCCAUGCCGUUCACGAAACGACAACCCCUCCAACGUCGGCCCCGGUUGUAGCAGCUCCUGCUCCCUUCCCUAAAGAAGAUUCCGAGCGGGUCGCGUUCGGGUCGCAGUCGUCGCUCGUGUCGUCGCCGACAUCGAGUCCCGAGAUCGCGUCGUAUUUCCCUUCGAUGCUGCGAAUGCACGGGCGUUCAUUCUCCGAGUCGCCGUCCUCGUCUCCGUCCGAGUCACCGGUCAUCGAACACACAACACCGUCCGGACUGGGCUCGCCCGGAAGCGCCCGGAAGAAGAACCUUGUCCAGCUCCCGGGGAGCUUGUUCCGCGCAUCGGCUUCGAUGCUGAAGGGCAUCAGCGGGAUGGGUGGCGGUAUGCCGCUCAGUGUCUAG